UCAGCUGUUCUCUGAUGCAGGACCUUACCUGUUCCUCGGUCCAGUGCUGCGCAGUCUUUCCGCGCCAGCAUCUGUGACAGCUGUGUGCCCACUGCGCAGUCUCUGGUCAUCCCCUAUACUGUUUUCAGUCUCUUGGUCAUCCCCUGUACUUUCUACAGUCUCUGGUCAUCUCCUGUACUGUCUGCAGUCUCUGAUCAUUCCCUGUACUGUCUGCAGUCUCUGAUCAUUCCCUGUACUGUCUGCAGUCUCUGGUCAUUCCCUGUACUGUCUGCAGUCUCUGGUCAUCUCCUGUACUAUGUCCGCAGUCUCUGGUCAUCUCCUGUACUGUGUCCGCAGUCUCUGGUCAUCUCCUGUACUGUGUCCGCAGUCUCUGGUCAUCUCCUGUACUGUGUCCGCAGUCUCUGGUCAUCUCCUGUACUGUGUCCGCAGUCUCUGGUCAUCUCCUGUACUGUGUCCGCAGUCUCUGGUCAUCUCCUGUACUGUGUCCGCAGUCUCUGGUCAUCUCCUGUACUGUGUCCGCAGUCUCUGGUCAUCUCCU